ACGCACACAGUUCAGGAAAAACCAGUUUGGAGACAUUCUGUUUGUCAUCCGUCCUACUCCUCCCUGUUUGUACUUCUUAGAGUUUCAUGCACCCGGCCUGACAGUAUCUUCAGAUUGUUUUAUUGACUCCGCUUCUGCCUGCGACUUCUCCACCGAACUGAUCAUGGAUUACUCUCAACCUUUCUCAUCCCUCAACGAUAUGAUGAAACCUCGAUUCUCCACCAGUCAGCAGCUGUACUCCUCUCUGAGCAGAGUAGAGGACAGACAGAUGAACUCACUCAGGAGCAGAUCUCUACUUUACAGACCGACAGUUCUGCCAACAGAACAAGAACCAAAAGUCUCCAAGACUGCACCGGAGCCAGAAGAUCCAGAAGAACCUGAGGAUGAUGCCGAGCAGGAGGAUUUAGCCUGCGAUGGCAUAGAUGAAGGAAAUUCUGCCAAUCUGCUGCACAUCAACACAUGUCUCAUCUCUGAACUGAGCUUAAAAGAUGUGGAUGAAGAGGAGCUCAAUGAGGAGGACAACAGCCCCUGUCAGCGAGAGGAGAAAGACAGUUCAGGGGAUCUGUCCUCAGAGUCAGUAGCCUCAUCUGGUGAAGGUGGGAGUCCCUACAUAGACAGGACUUUACCAGACCUGAUCAAGAGUGGCAGGCCGCUCGGCAGACGCCGGACGCUGGGACACGUCUCAGACACGCUUAAAGAAGUGCGCAGAGAAGUAGAGUUGUCACGGAGACGGAGUAUCAGGCUCAAAGCCCAAGUGGACAAACUGCAGGAGGGCAGAGAUGGACCGGGAUGGAGCCAACACAGAGAGAAUGUCACAGAGGAGGUUCUGUCUGUUCUGAGGCUGCUGCACCCGCUAACAGAGCCUGAAUCCAGCCAAGCUGAAUCCUCUAAUGGAGAAAACCGGCUGGACGCUGCACUGGCCCAGCUGCAGAAUGUGGCCCGCAAACUGGCAAUCAGCAACACCCAGCAGAUCAAAUCUGGAAAAGGAACUGGAGCAGAGGACGGUGCUAUUCUGCAGCAGGCACUACGGGACAGAGAUGAGGCCAUAGAGAAGAAGAAGGCGAUGGAGGCCGAGCUGCUGAGAAGUAAGACGGAGAUGAUGUCACUGAACAACCAACUGCUGGAGGCCGUACAGAAACGUCUGGAGCUGUCGCUGGAGCUCGAAGCCUGGAAGGAGGACGUCCAGCUGAUCCUCCAGCAGCAGUUGAAGAGUCAGCAGGAGGCAGAGCAGGCCCAGAAGAAGCCGUCACGCCUCGGACUCCUGAGGAGAAACAAGCAGCCGGUCAACCAGCGGCCGCCCAACUUCCCUCUGACUACGCCCGCCGUCCCUCCAACAACCAACAAGAACCAAAUCUUCAUCACCAAGUUGGCGGGUUCGUCCUCACCUGCUCCCACCGCCUCCCUGCGCAAGUGGAAUUACAAGCUGAGGAGGGGCACGACCGGUCGCCAAGGAGACCAGGAUUCACAGCCGGCAGAGUGCAGCAGAGAGAAAGACGGCUUCCACGUCGUAUCGCUCGAUUGAAACCUGAAUGACAUCUCGUUGACUCUCAUCUCUGACCUCCACUCGAAAAACUGGUUUUGUUUAUUGUUGCUUUGGUGUUUGAGCUUCAGUGCAAAGUUUGACACUAGAAAAAUGUUUUCCGGUUCAUCUGCCGCUCUGUGCUCACAUUAAAUCUGAGUUUAACACGUGUAGAUACGAGCAGGAUUUAUAACAUCACAACUAGAUUGAAGUAAAUCCUGAUUCAGUGUGAAACCUGAAGCCUCCACAGCGCACUGAGGAUGAACUUUAA